UGCGGAGAAGGAGCGUCAUAGUAGCGUGAUUUUCUCGUCCGACUGCGUAGAAGGGGAUAGGAAUAAAUUGUGGUAUAGAUCUGAUCUCACGGUCAGAAGAAAGACUUGUCGCUUUGAAGCAUACCGAAAAUAAUUGAAAAGUAAAAAAUGACACUGAUAAUUGUUGGCGCCAAAAUCUCCACGUUUACUCGAACUAUCCGACUAGCGCUGGAACAUUUGAACAUCCCAUAUGAAUUGCUCGAAACAUUGCCACAUGAAGAACUGGCUUACAAGUAUAAUGCUUUUGGCAAGAUCCCAACCCUGACUGACAAUGACCUAGUUGUUAACGAAACCUUGGCUAUACGACGUUACAUCGAUCACAUCAAUGAACACCACACAAAGUCACUAGAACCCGAGGGUAUCCAAAAACUACUUCAAGUAGACCAAUGGGUCAGUAUCGCCAGCGACUACGCGUUUCGAGAACUUAUUCUGGCCAUCAGCAAGCCUCGUCAAGGUAUGGAGGGCAAAGGUCAAUGCGAAGCUGACAUACAGGCCAGCUUGAAGAAUUGCCUCGACAGAGCCAGAGUAGUCCUGCGAGCGAUUGAGCAGCAUUUGGUAUCUGGGAAAGUUCAAGAGAAUGGUUGGCUAUGCGGCUCUUCUAUUACUUGGGCAGAUCUUUUUAUGUUUCCAGUGUUUGCAGACUUCGCAUCCCUGCCUGAGCGCAAAUUAAUGCAGCAAGAAAGUCCACAGCUAUGGAAAUGGUAUCAGCGCUUCGCAAAAACAGAUAUUGCAGCCAAAACAUUCCAAGGCACAGUAGCUGACCAGCGGAAAGAAAGUCAUCAAAGUAGUCUCUAGCAUGUGAGCCCAUGUUAUGUUUGUACAUUACCUUAUUAACGGUUCUGAAUAAAUCGACAUACCGUAAUUUCCAAACGUAUUUUAUGAACUUGAUGCAAAUACUGUUGGCCUGCAAUGUUCAUGCAUUUAAUCAAAUGGUUUUUGUAUCACCACCUAACCUACCGUUUGCAACAUGCAUGAUUGCCUCAAUAGUGUCCAAAUAUUCUGAUAUGUUGUAGGCUGAAAAUAGUAUUUCGUGGAUGAUGAUGUAGCCACUGUGCGGAGGGCCGCAGGCAUGAUAUAGAAAAGCCGGUGACAAUG